AUGUAUGGGUCUGGAACUAAACUGUAUGUAACAGAUGAGCAGGUAGUGAAGCCCGUGGUGAGCGUGUACCCAGCAGCAUCCAGAGCCCACCUGGAGGGGAAGAGCUCUCUGCUGUGUCUGGCCUCACACAUGUUUCCUCCUGAGGUCAAGUUCUCCUGGAAAAGACAGAAGGAGGGCGACUCUCUGAAGGAGCUGACCCCUGCUGAGGGAGAGCAGCUGGAGCUCAGAGAGUCGGGACGCAGAGCCUCCAUCAGGCUGGUGGAUAGAGAUGAUCUCGACACAUAUAAAUACACCUGCUCUGUUGAGCACGAGUUGGACGCAGUGGAGUCCAAUCAAGAGGUUCCAGUUCCAGAAGCCUCCAAUCCUCCAGAGAGAGAGCCAGCAGACCUGGCAGCUCUGCAGCAACAUCACUUGUCCUUCCAGUCUCAGUGCAGGGUGAAGCUGCUCUGUCUGCAGUACACAGUGCUGAUAGUGAAGAGUCUGGUGUACUGCUGUGGACUCUCUCUGCUGAUGAGCCUCACAAACAAGGGACCGUCCACCAGCUCCACACAUGCUGACUGA